CAGUUGUACCUCACCGCGAGCAAGAACUCUGGGUGACGAUGUCCCUAUGCCAUGACACACAAGAACCAGACAUACUCGACGAUGCGGAAGAGCCCGGUGAGGCUCCGGAACGUUUGGAAGCAGCAGCCGGUUGAUUCACCAUAAGGCCACGUCCUCUCGCCCUUCCGCUUGCCCUCUCACGCCCAUGCAGCCCAUCCGCUUGCCCUCUCACGCCCGCCUGCUUUCCCUCACGCGCCCACAUGCCCACCACGGUGUGCCUGCCUUCUCGUGCCUACACGGCUAUCCUCUCGUACCCACCUACCCAUGCAUCUCCACGUUGCUCUCGCUCCUCCCCAGUGCCCUCCACUACUUCAAGUUCUCCACGCCACAACUCCUCCUCCCGCCCGCCGCAGUGAGAAGGGCACUGCCCUCUGUGCCUCACAGUUCCUUCCCCCUCUCCGACUCGCCCAUCACGAUGGCCCUCUUGCGCGGGAACAGAUCGAGCGCAGAGGAGUUGUUCGUUUCAGAGCCCAGCCACACGAACCUGAUCGUCCGCUGUAGGGCGAGCACGCCGCUCCUGUACGACUCCUAUGAGAACUGGCCACAGAAGCUGCCUGACGCUCGAAUCGUUCCGGUCAUGGGCCACGGCAACCAUCCGCCAGGGCGCGACAGGGAGAACAGCUGA